UUGCGGCCAAAACAUUGUGUGUUAGCAGGGGCAAGUGGAACACACACCAUCUGCGUGUGUACGAUUCAUCAAAACGUGAAGUUAAUGAUGCUUGGUGCAAAUAUUUAUUCUUUGACAAGGAACACAGAAAAGCCCAUUAAACACUACAGCGAUUACUUGAGCAUGAUUAUAUGUGAAAAUCCAUCUUUUCAGUGUUAUUUAGGUGGAUGUAAAAACUGUCCUGGGGUCGAUGAGUUGAGUAAAAUUUUACUAAAAUGUUUUGAGGACCGGGAAAUCGAGAAUAUUACAUAUAAAUAUUGGAUAUCAAAACCGAGAAGUAGUUUAGAAACUAUUAUUAAGCCUACAGAAGAAUUUGUGGAAAAAUUUUGUGGUGAGUUAGAAAUUCUUCUACCUCAUUCGUUCAUUGCUAAGGAGCAAGCCCAAUUCUUGAAGACAUUGAAAGAAACAUUGAAACCAAACGAAUACGUUAUUAUUUGUGAUUUUGCAGAAAAUUAUGCCUUCGUAGUACAAAAUGCGGCAGCUGGUUUUCACUGGAAUAAUAAUCAGGCAACAGUUUUUCCAGUCGUUAUUUAUUAUAAAGUAAAUAACAAACUUGAACACAAAAGUUUAGUAAUUAUCUCAGAUUCUAACAAACAUGAUGCCGUUGCUGUUCAUGUUUUCAUCGAAAUAAUAACUGAUUACGUGAAAAGUCUUCCCUGA